AUGCAAGAAUCGGGAGAGUCUUACGAUCACUAUCAGAAAGCUCUUCGACAGUUAGUGGAAAGAUGCGAGUUCGAAUCGAUUUAACCCCCAAUCAGAUUUUACGUGACAAGCUCGUGUUUGGAAUUCGCGAUUCAAAGGUUCGUGAGAGGCUUCUUCAUGAGAAGAAUUUGUCGUUGGAGAAAACUGAUGAGAUUUGUCGUUCUCAAAAGACCUGCAUGGUACAGCAGAUGAGGGUUGUCGGCGAUGCCAGUUUAAGCGUUGCAGAUGCCGGAAAUGUGAAUGCUGUGUCUAAAAAGCCUAAAAGAGGGAAACGUAGGCACAGUCAUGGCUCAAGAAAUGCUAACGCGUAA